AUGGAGAAAGAUAUACACAGUCGUUAUCCAAAUGGUGCAUCAUCUACAUUUUUAUCCUCGCAAAAUUCUUCAAGCACAACAACAAAAAAACUUGUGAUUAAAAACCUGAAAAGUUCGACAUCAGCUCCACCACCUGAUUAUUUCGAUAAAAUUUGGCCAUUACUUAAACAAGCACUUCAAGCUAUUCUCAAUGGUACCACUAGUCCAACAAAUGAAGAACAACUGUAUCGACAUAUUGAACAUUUAUGCACAAUAACAUCAACUUCGGACACAAAUUCAUCUCCAGCUAGUCUUCUUUAUGAAAAUUUGAAAAAAGUAUUCGAUGAUCAUGUACAAACUGUAUUACCAGCUUUACUCAGUGAAAUGGGUGAUAGUAAUGAUUAUUUGCGUCUUCUUAAUACAACUUGGGAUGAUCAUUCGAUUCGCUCAAUACUUAUUCGUCAAUUAUUUAUCUACUUGGAUCGAACUUACGUAUUGCACGCAUCAGUACCUAGUAUUUGGCAAGUUUUCAUUGGAAUGAAUUUAAUUGAUAACCAAUUGAGUUUUUCAGGGAACUAA